UUCUUUAUUUCCUGAAUGUGAACGGUGGCUGCUCAACAAUCAAGUGAAAACCAUGGUGACUGCUGAUGAAAUUGCACAAUUGUGCUAUGAGCGUUUCAACGAGCUCCCACGGCGAGGAAAGCCCGAGCCGGGCAGAGAGUGGACCCCGUUAGCCGCGGUGGUGAAAAUCACCCGAUGUGCAAAGUCGGGGAGAGUUGAAAAAGAAGUUGUAUCCCUUGGAAGUGGGACAAAGUGUAUUGGACAGACUGCCAUGAGUCCCAAAGGUGAUGUGCUCAAUGACAGCCAUGCAGAAGUCAUUGCCAGAAGAGGGUGUAUCAGGUAUCUAACACAGGAGUUGCACAGCGCUGUGAGCGGAAGGGGAAGCACUGUGUUUUGUCAGAGAGUGCAUCAGGGGAAAUUGAGGCUUCAGCCAGGAAUUUCCUUCCUGUUUUUUACCAGUCAUACACCCUGUGGUGACGCCUCUAUAAUCCCUAUGAAUAGCAGGCAGCUUCAAGUGUGUACUUCUGUCACAUCUAUGAAGAAUGAUCAAGGGACACCUGGAGGCCUAAAAAGAAAAGCUAACGCACACAUUCCAAGGCAAAACUCCAAACAGCCCUCUCUAGAAGAAAAUGGCACUGAAGAGACAAAACGAAAGAAUAUUCAAGAAUCAAAACAGCAUUUUUCCUUGCCUUCAUCCUCAUCUACAAGUGAUGAUGAGCCAUCACAGGGACCAUCUGCCAAAAGACAUCUUCAGACCGUCUCACAUGCUUCAGCAGAGCUGAUAAUAAAUAACAGAGUCCCUUCAAACGUUAGCCCUGUUGUCUGUGCCAGGCUGAACUCGCAGGUCUGUGAUAUUCUCAGAACAGGAGCCAAGUCUGUACCAGGUGGCCUUGCAGAUCCUCUUCAACCGGGGAUGGGGUACCAUAGCACAGGAUUACUUCGUGUCAAACCUGGUCGAGGAGAGCCAACGCUGUCUCUCUCAUGCAGUGAUAAACUGGCUCGGUGGGCGGUGCUGGGCUUUCAGGGUGCACUCCUGUCACAUUACCUACAGAAGGCGCUCUACUUUAGCACUGUGGUGAUAGGAAAGUGCCCCUUUAGCCACGAGGCCAUGCAAAGAGCUUUGAUCACAAGAUGCUCCCAUGUAUCAGAUCUCCCUGCUGGUUUCUCAGUGUCUGCACCCAUUUUUCUGCAGUCCAAAUUGGAGUUCCCCUUCAGCCAGGCCCAGACUGAGCUCCAACACAAAGCUGGACAAGGAUGCAUUACACCCUGUGGGGCAGCUGUCAGCUGGUGUAAAGUGCCUGAUCAGCCACUUGAUGUCACUGCCAGCGGCAUCAAACAAGGAGUCACCAAGAAGGCCCUGGGAACAGCUAAAUCUAGGUCUGCUCUGUGCAAACUGGAGCUUUUUCAUUCAUUCCUGUCUGUGGUGUCGUCCACUGACGCUUCAGUACUUCCAGACUCUCUUAGGAGGACGGAUCUACACACUUACUUGGACUACAAGGAGGCAUCUGAGGCCUACCAGCAAGCUUGGCAGCUACUUCGCAAUCAGGCGUUCCCCCUUUGGCCACGCAGUAACAGAGACCUCCUGCUCUUCAAAUGAAACCCAAAAUAUCCCCGUUAAGCUUAUUGCAGAGCUGUCAAAUGAUCCGGAACAUCCAUAUUUUGUUACA